UACAGAUAUAGUGAGAUAGCUGGUUAUGUGAAGAUGUGAACUGUGGAGUAGGCGGGUACCAUAAAAUGGCGGAAUGUGUUGUUGUGAAGUUUGGCGGGGAUAGAGGUGUUAGUUACGGUGACGAUGGUAACAGUAAUUUGCAAGAUGAAAUGCACAACAGUACAUCAUACCAGACAUUCGGGAUUUACCACGCUGUGUGUAUUGCGUUGUCAAUCGUGACUUACGUCGUUGACGUUGUACUUCAUUGCUGGUUGGCAUACUUUUAUUUAACUCAAGGACAUGGGGCGUAUUUUGCGUAUUUCGGUUUAACAGUAACAUUUUUAGUGGUGCCAGCUCUUAUAUCAACCGCGUUCAGCAUGCGAUGGUACAUAAAUGAUGUGGAUGAGCCAUCAUUGCCUAAACCACCACUGUGGAAAUGGGUGGUGAGGAUAAUAAUGCUUCUUCUACAGUUAGCUCCCCUACUUAGGUAUUUUGAUACAUUUUCAUAUGGAUGCCGGAGUGUGAUUGCUGGGAAGUUGGGAAAUGGGAUCAGACAGCAAAAAUUGUACAGAAUAAUGCUAGAUGAAGACUCUGAUGCUUCCUUGUUAAGACUGUUCCACUGUUUCCUUCAUUCUUUUCCACUAGCAGUACUUCAGCUUAUGAUUCUGCUUUCGGCUGCAAACAUCCAAGAAACGAGCCCAGUUCAAGGUCUCCAGUCUUGGGCUGUUGCAUGCUCUUUAAUAUCUAUUGCCUGGUCACUCACCUCUUACCAUCGAUCUGUAAGGUUUGCCAGAGAUGAUAAAGAAAAAUUGGCAUGGCAAGGAGCUGUGAUGCAGUUUUGCUGGCAUCUGUUGAGUGCAGUGUCACGUGUUCUGGCUUUGAGUCUACUGGCUGCGCUCUAUCCUGCGUGGAUGGGGAUGGUCUGCCUGGCUCACUGGAUGGUGAUGUCAGCAUGGCUGGCUCUGAGCCACCAACCUACUGCAGUCUGUACCAGCCGUUGCGAGGAGUUGCUCUUUAGUGCUGCUCUGGGAUUUGCAUAUAUUUUGACUUUUGUGGCCCCACGUGAUGGACCGACUAGAUAUUCGUACCUUGCAUAUUACUUGGUGUUCUUUAUGGAAAACACUGGUGCUCUUGUUGUGUGGUGUGUUUCAAGCAACUCUGCACAAAAUCCUAUCCUGUACUACGGAGCAGUUGUUGUCCAGACAACAGCUUUUCUUCUUGCCAUUUUUUUUAUGCUUACAUAUUAUCGACACUUCCAUCCAAGUGGAACUACUAUCAGGCUCAGCAAAAGCAUUGCUAUUACGGAUCCGGGAACAGAGCUGAAACGUCGGACUACGAACCAAUAAAAAGUUAAUAGUUGGUGUUUACUUGUUAUGUGAUCUGAAGCUAUGUCACGAAAAUACAGUAUUUAUGUAUAUAAGAUUUAACAGAGAUAUAUGUAUACAUAUAUGUAUAUUUUAAAUAUUUGAAUUCUCAAAGCGGAUUGAUAAUUUUGAUAUGGUGAGUUGAAGCACGAUUCAUGUCUGACUGCAACAAAAUUAAGGUUUACAGUUCCUUAUAAAUUAUGAAGAUAAUUGCUUUUACAUAACCACAUGGAAGCAUUCAUUUUUUAAUACAAAGUAUUGCCUUUUAUGUUCUGCAGUUCUUUGAAGAUAUGAAACAGUGUUGUAUACUUUCAUUUUUCUAACUGAAAUGUAAUCUUUUUCUCAGCUUUUCAAUACUUAUUUUUAGAGGAUCUUUUUCUUUAUUUUUGUAAGCUUUUUUAUAGUUGAGGAUAUAGUUAAAAUUUUAUAUUAACUUCUGCUCCUUGGAAAGAUUACAAGACUAAAUCAUGAGUAUUUCUAAAAUUAAAUUUGUAUAAACUGUCUUUGAAAAUGUUCUGUGUAGGGGUUUCGUAUCUCAGACACUAAACAUGUGGUAAAGAAAACUUCCAUACUGUAGAGCCUGCCAUGUCAUGCAGGUAUACUGUGGUUAAAGAAAAAUAUUUUUCUGGUUACCUCGUUAAAGUACCACUCUUCAACUUGCCAGCUACAUUAGGAAAUGAGAUUGUUGUUCUGUAUAAUCUUACAUUAACACUGUGGUUUCCGUGCCUGAACUUGAUACUGUAUAGUGGUUAUCAGGUGAACAUCAGUAUUACUUCAAAUUUGUAUGUAACUGUGUUACAUAAGCCGUAGAUCUGUUAUUUUUUUGACCCACAUGUUUGUGUGUAAGAAAUAUCUUGUACUGUACAGAUCGUCUCCAUAUAUUUUGUGGCAUGUUACUUGCAUUUAUAUUGCUUUACUGUAGGUGUUUGUAACAAGUGUUUUGUGCUGUCUUUUGAUAAUAUUUGGUGUAUACGGAUGUACAGUCUUUUUGAAUGCAGACCUCUGCAGCUCUUUGUAUCUAAAAUUGUGAUAAGAUUUCUUAAAAAUUGGUUUUUAUAUGCACUUGUGUCUAGAAUUGCUUUUGAAUGAUUCUCAACCAAAACAUUAUAUGGAACAGAAACAAUAUAUUUUUUAAUGGCAUGAGUUGUCUUGAAAGAGUGCUCAGUGUACUAAUGUCAUAGCUCAGGUUCAUCUGAAUCAAUUUUAUCCACUAUAAGUGAAUGUAGAAAAAGAAAGGAUUAAGGUGGGGUAUUUGUAGUGUGUUGACACGUUAAUUUUUCUUGGGCUUCAACUCUUCUAAAAUUAUGUCAUCCUUUUGUGUACUGGUAGCCCCCUACCUACUUGGCCAUUGGAGGUCCAACCAUCUUUAACUUCAUUUCUGUGCUGAAGAGUCCUGUAGUUCUGUAAGCUUGGAGUGCUGUGUGUAUUUGUAGAUAUUUUUGUGAGAGUUAGUGGAAGUUGUGCUUCUUGAAGGCCAGUAGUGGCCAGCCCAUCUAUCUUCAUGAAUUUAACAAAUUUCAUUACACAGAAUGUGGCAGAAGAUACACAAUGCCAUAAUUUGUCUCUUUUUCUUCUCUUUGCAGAUAUACUUCAGAAAAAUCAAUAUAGCUGUAUGCCACUGUAGAGGUGGUAUUGCUGUAAUUUUAAGAUAGUGACUGUGACUUAAAAGCUACUAAAUUACGGUUCACCUAUUCACUUUACUUUGACCAGUGACUUGUCGUAUCACUUCAUUAGCUCUUAAUCAAUGUGCGUUGUUCAUUUCGUAACCCUAUUAACAUGGUGGUUGCGUAAUAUUUUCUUUCUCCCCAUUUAUAACCAUUACAUUACUAAUAGUCUGAAUCACAUGUGCAUUCACUAACCUGUUGUUGUGAUAAGGAAUAUGUUAACUACAAAUUCUCCUACAGUUUUGAUUGUAAGAUGGCAAAGCAACGUGGAUUGUAAUACCUGGUUGGUUUAAAAAGUUUGCGUUUAACAAAUAAUGUGUGCUUAUGUGAGAAGAAUCAGCCGCAUUGAAAAAUUAAUUAAAAAAAGAGGUUUUUUCCACCAAUGUCGAAUUUGCUAUACUUGAUUAACUAUUAGCACAGUUAUGUGAUUAGUCUGGAGCUAUGAUUCUGGGUGGGGGGGACGACUACAAACAGUAUUUACAUACAAAAGUAAAAUAAGGUGAAUAGUACACAUUGACCAAUGUAAUGGAGGAUUUUGUCUCAAACGUUUAACCGUGACAAAGUCUGAAACAACUGAGCACAGGCCCCCUUUCUCCUAAAAUAUGUGUAAAGUAUCUUGUAAACAAACUGGUAUUCUAUUCUACUGAGAAGACCAAGCAAAUGCCAUCUUAUGACAAUUAAAAAAAAAAAUUUAUGAGAUAUAGGUUGAUGAACAUUAGUAAAUAUGCAGUGGAUGAAACCUACAGUAUGAGACAGAUGGUGAAGUUGUAGAGUUACACUAAUUUAAGGAGCCAGUACAAAUACAAACAACCUAAUGUUACAAGUAGUAGUUGGAUACCUAGUUACUCUGUAUCUACAAGAUAGUUUGAUGUUUUUGUAAGUGAUUUCUUGUGGGGAUCUAAAUGGACACUGUAAUAAUUCAUACUAAUCCAUCUGUACACAAAGUUAAACAGAUUGAAACUGGGAAACUUGCUUUGCUGUCCAGUACGCAAUAUUCCUAGUCAAUGCGUCUUGUACUGUACAAUCAGUGACCAAGUUUCAAUUGCGAACUAUACAUUCUACCACUCUUCAUUGGAACAUGAAAUGUGCCAAUGGAUAUAUAUUUUAGGAAUGUUUGCAGAAGGUGAUGUACAUCUAUUCAGUGGCAGUUGUUGGAUGUAUGAUCUGAUGCAGUAACUAAUAAUCUCACACCAUGUGUAACAUGGAAUCUUUUUUUUUUUUUUCCUCGUGUAAGUUGCAGAUAGUUUCAUCAGGUUCUGUCAUGUACAUGCUAAUGUAUCAAUAGAUCGAAUUUCUCACCCAUUGCUAUAUAUACUCAUCAAGUGCUAUCGGUUUUAUAGCAGUUUGACACAUUUCUGGGUAUUAUGUUUAACAACUUAUAACAGGAAAGUUGAAUAAAUGGUUUGUGUCUGCUCCUGGCACGUAGUUACCACUGUAAAACAUUUGUAUUCUUAAUGAAUAUUCAUUGUGUUACUCUAAUAAUGAUCACACUGCAGUUGUGUGUUUUUGGUAUAGAGAAAUUUAUGUGAUUUGAAGCCCCAGAAAACUCAAAUGUGAUGUUUGAUGUGAUCCAUAUAAAAGUUUAAGAGGCCACAUUUGGGAUAAAAGAUCUUAGUAAUUAUACAUAUUAUAUACAUGUAAGUUUAUAAAUGUGCAACUUAGAAGUACAAAGUAUUUUUUUGGUAAGUUGUUUAUAAAAUUAUAGGAUAUAGAUGCAGUGGUAAUGUUUCUGAACCUGAAGUGCUUUUUUGUAAUCGUCCUGUCCACGUCUAAUUUAAAUCUAGAGCAAAAAUAUGCAGAAGAUUUUUGUAUGUCCUGUGACACUAGGUUGAAAGUGUGUGAAAGCUAGGAAAAAAUGUCUGUUCCUUAUUGAAUCUCAGAGCAUUUGGUCUUGCACUUCUCUCAGGUGCUGUAGCAUUUAGAUUCAGAUGAAACUGAUGGAGAACUCUGUGAUGCAAGCAGCAUUGUGGAACUUUUAAGAAGCGAUAACACAUUUUACUGAUUGUAAGAAAUUUGCAUGUAAAUAUUGUAAUCGUAUAGAUUAUGUGUACCUGAUUGGAAGAUAUGACAUUACAUUGUAAAUUUGCCAUUAACUGCUAAAAUUUGUAUGGUUCUACUAUUCUAAAAUUAGGCUUUAGUCAAAGAAAACAUGUUUACAGUGUUUGUCUGGAAAGUAAUGCUGUUCUUUUCUUUGUUUUAUUAUUUAUUGAUCAGAUAGGUUCAGCAACUUCAAAGAAUUUUAAGUGUGGCCCUUCAGCAUCAAUACAUUGUUGUGUAUUUGUUGGUCAGGAUUUGUGUAACCUUCCUAAUGAUCACACUGCAGUUAGGUGUCCCAUUUCAGCUGAGGAAACAAAAGAAAGUCCACUGAGGUCAGGUCUGGACUGCAGGGCGACUGCAGCACCAUUUUCAUACCAAUCUAGGUUAGGUAGGCCUGACAACAAAAGGCGGUGUGAGAGAGAGUAUUGCUGUGUGGCAGUUUCCACACGAAGUGCACAACUUCUUUCAGCUGCAGGUGACCCUCUGAUUCAAUCUCUGGAACCUCCCUUGUAAAAUAGAGUGCUGACAGUAAAAAAGCAUGAACUUCAUCUGGGACUUACUCGUGUGAGCCUUCUUUCGGUGUUGCAAUGAUGCCAUGUGCCAUUCUGCACACGGCCUCUUUGACUCCGGAACAUACUAAAAGACCCAUGGCUCAUCCUCAUUAUCACAUUGCCCAAGAAGUUGGGAUCAUCUUCACAGAGUUGCAACAGUUCUUCACACACUUCCACUUAGUGUUGCUUUUGCACAUCGGUCAAAACUCUCACAAGUUUUGCUCAAAUCUUCCACAUAGCCAAGUCGUUCAAUACAAUCUGAUCAUGACUGUUUUCUGCGACUCCAGUUAUUCCGACAUCAAGCAAUCACUUAUUCAUCAGUCUGAAUUCAUUUACUGGUGCACACAAGUCGCAUAAUUAUCAGUUCGCGAUCUGGACGGGCAUACUUUCAGGCCUUAUUGGCAACCCUCUUGUGCUACCUGUUAGACUUUGAUGUGGAAAGGCAAUCUUCCCCUAUAGCUUCCUUAAGCAUUCCAAAAGCUUCCAGUGACAUCUUGUUGAGCUUCAUGUGAAACUCAAGUGCAUAAUAUUUCUCUAGAUUUUCUCCAUUGUAAGUUUGAUGUAACUACUACAUGAGGUUCAUGGAAGAAGCUGUUCUAACUAUCCAAGAGCAUGAAGGUGAUUGAACGACCUACUGCUGGAAAGCAAAGGGUCAUCCUCACCCUCCCCAAAAGGUUCAGCCACUCUGUGACAGUCGCAGCACGAAAAAAAGUGACACAUUACUUUUCAGACACACCAUGUAAGUAUGCUAUUUGACCCAAACAGCAUUUCCAGGAAAUAUAGCAAAUAGUAAGAGGAAUAGUUAAAGAUUUUUUGAAAGAGAUAAGAUAAAAAUAAAAGUACAAAUGUAAUGAGAGGCACAAGGUUUUCACUCAAAACAUUUAGUUAGUUUGUGUGUGUGUGUGUGUGUGUGUGUGUGUGUGUGUGUGUUUUGGCAUCAGAUAAGUCCUCUUCCAUUUAUGAUGGAUAUAUUUUCAGUUGAACACACACAACGAUGAACAGUAUUAGUUCUGUCUUAAAAAUUAAAAUUUCAAGACUCUGUGUAGCCUGUAAAUGUGUACCUUUCAUAUUUUUUAUGGAAGUGCCUUUAAAAAAUUUAAGAUAGAGAAGGAAGAUAUGAUUCUGAAACUGUAUAACAGACUUAAAUUCUUUGUGCCAGUGCCAUGCCCCCUCUCUGUGGCAAGACGUGUUAUGUGGUAGUUUUUGUGGUAGUUUCUCCAAAUCGUUCUCAUAAUGUCCCAUCCCUAAAUUCUUUUUAUUUAUCUUUGUAUGAAAUGUUCAUAAAUUUCCUUUUGUGCAAACCAUAACAAUCUUAACAAGGUAUUGCCCUUUGUGCUGCUGUAAUAUCUCCCAGUUCUUUACUCUAGAGAGUAAUGCAUUGUUUCCAUUCCAAUGGUGAAUGAGUGUUUAUAAAAACAAAGGAGAAAAGAGCUGGUAAAGAACUGUGAUUAAUGUGAUAAUCAGGACAUUAAAUAGUCCUUUUCUGCUAGUCCUGCCCUAUUGAAUUAGAGACCGAAACUUUUUAUAAGCAGGCACACUUUUUUAUUUGUAUAUGCCUGUUAUAGUUCUCCAUUGGUCACAGUGAAUUAUAUUGUAAGGUGGCACACAAUGAGAUGGGCAACAAAGAGAUGCACUGUCAGUUGGGAUUUUAAGUGCCUACACUUACAAUUCUCGUUGCAUCAUUUUUUAUAAUUCUCAUGUGUUUACAAUUGUGAAGGUGAAGUAAUAUGUUGGAAACAGUUCUGAGAGAAAGUUUCUGAUGUGGUGACUGUAUAUGUUACUAGAUUGAUAAUGCUGCUUGUGCUGUAUGUCUGUUGUAUUGUUUGUUUGGCCUAUUUCUGUGAGUAAAAUAGUUUGUGGACGAAUUUUGCUAAUUUGAGGCAUUGUGAAUCUCUUACUCAUACAAUAUUUUAUACAGAAAGGUGUACUAAAUUGUAAAUCCAUUUCAGACACUUUGUUGAAACAUUUACAAUUAUCAAUCUGCAUUUCAAUAACAGAAAUAUCUUUUUUAAUAAUGUAUUAAUAAUUGAUACUCUAGUAUUACUGGAAGCAGUAAAACAAGGCUUCCUGCUCAUGGAAUGUUGACAAAUUUGAAAUAAAGUUUAUCUUUUAUUAAUUA